AUGGCCGCCGUCGCAACUCGGAAAUGCAGUGGCGUGGACUGCGCCAAGGACGCAGGCACGCUCCAAUGUCCCACCUGCCUAAAGAUGGGCACCGACAGUUUCUUCUGCUCGCAAGACUGUUUCAAGCGAAGCUGGAGCGAGCACAAGACCAUCCAUAAGAAGACUACCGGUCACUUCAACCCAUUCCCCUCGUUCCAAUUCACCGGUCCCCUCCGACCCCUCUACCCACUGUCGCCCAAGCGCACCGUUCCUGAGUCAAUCCCCCACCCCGACUACGCCAAGGGUGGUAUUCCAAUCUCCGAGCAGAAGCUAUGGGGCCAGCAUAAGAUUAAGAUCCUGAACAAGGAGGAGCAGGAGGGUAUGCGUGUAGUCUGCCGUCUGGCUCGUGAGGUUUUGGAUAUUGCGGCCCGUGCCUUGAAGCCCGGCGUGACCACCGACUAUAUUGAUGAGAUUGUUCACAAGGCUUGUGUUGAACGCGACUCGUAUCCCUCGCCGCUGAACUAUAUGCACUUCCCCAAAUCCGUCUGCACAUCAGUCAACGAGACCAUCUGCCACGGUAUUCCCGAUCAACGACCCCUCGAGGAUGGUGACAUUGUCAACAUCGACGUUACCUUAUAUCACAAGGGCUUCCACGGCGAUAUCAACGAGACCUACUAUGUCGGCGACAAGGCCCUCGCCAACCCUGACGCCGUCCGAGUCGUCGAGACCGCGCGCGAGUGUCUGGAAAAGUCAAUCGAACUAGUCAAGCCCGGCAUGCUCUUCCGAGACCCCGGAAACGUGAUCGAGAAGCACGCCAAGACUCGCAACUGCAGCGUCGUCAAGACCUAUUGCGGCCACGGCAUCAACCAGCUCUUCCACUGCGCCCCCAACGUCCCCCACUAUGGCAAGAACAAGGCUGUCGGCACGGCCAAGCCCGGCAUGUGCUUCACCAUCGAGCCGAUGAUUAACAUUGGUACUCACCGUGACCGUACAUGGCCGGAUGACUGGACCAGCACUACUGCCGACGGCUCAUUGUCGGCGCAGUUCGAGCACACCAUGCUGGUGACGGAGGAUGGCGUGGAGGUUCUGACGGCUCGUCUUCCUGACUCGCCGGGUGGUCCUGUCCCUAUUCCUGUGGUGGAGAAUGGAAAUUAA